ACCAAUCUCUAAUGGUGGAAGAUGAUUCAAGCAUCGUUUCGGACACUAAAUUGACUGUUUCGGCAUCGGAAACCUCUGAUUCCGGCAACGGCAACUACAAGUAUUGCCGCAGCAAACGUGCCAGACAUGAUCACGGCGCGUUGUUGGCAAGGUUCAAAGUUGUUGUCCCGCAGCAAAACGGCCAUUGGGGUGCACAGAUAUACGCCAAUCAUCACCGGAUAUUGCUCGGUACGUUCAAGUCCGAGAGAGAAGCCGCGAUGGCUUACGAUAGCACUGCCAUCAAGCUACGCAGCGGCGGUGGCGACAUGCAUAGGAAUCUCCCGUGGACCUAUCUCAACGUCCGAGAACCGGACUUUCAACGCCUUUAUUCGACCGAGGAUGUAUUGAACAUGAUCAGGGAUGGUUCGUAUCAAGCCAAACUGGAACAUUUCGUCAAGACCAUGUCUAGAAAAGAUGGGGAUUUGAUCACUAACGUUAACAAAAAACUUGUGCAUGGUGAUACACAUUUCUCAUGUAUGCAACUUUUUCAAAAGGAAUUAACACCGAGCGAUGUUGGAAAGCUUAACAGGCUCGUGAUCCCUAAAAAAUAUGCCGUCAAACACUUCCCUCCGGUAGGCGGUGUGGUCGAAGACAUUGAGCUUGUCUUCUACGACAAGUUAAUGGUGCGAUGGAAAUUUCGUUACUGGUAUUGGAGGAGUAGCCAAAGCUUUGUUUUCACUAGGGGAUGGAGACGUUUCGUGAAGGAGAAGAAACUUGGUGAGAAAGAUACCGUGACAUUUUACACCUGUGAGUGCCCUGAUGGGAAUCAAAAUGGCAGAAAUUUCUUCCUCAUCGAUGUGAAUUACAGAGGUGAAAGCUGUUGCAUUGAUGAGGGCGAUAAGAAAGGGGCUAAUAUGUCGGAAUCAUCGGCCGGUGAUGGUCGUGGAGCGGAUGAUUUGGAGGUGGAGUUGGAACUGAGUUUGAGGGGGAAGAAUUACUCUAAGACUAGUAGUGAGUUGAAUGAAGAUAAUGAAGUAGAUGGAUUCGAAUCAGGUCGUAAUGUAAAGCAGAAAAGUGCCACACUUUUCGGAGUACAGAUCAACUGA